AUGUCUCCAUUCCGCGCCGGGACCGAUCGGGACACUCCUCCUCAAAGAGGUCCCUACAACGACUACGCUAUUUUCCGCCCCGUCAGCGACCGGGUCACUCCUGACGACGCUCAACCCGAGCCUCAUUCUCGCUCUCAUAGACUGUCGGGAAAGACGAUUGAUGUCAUCGACUUGACCAUUAACUCAAGCCCGCUCUUGCGUCCACAGAGUUGUCACGAUCCGGAUGCCGACCGCGCGUCACUCGUUGUAGCCAAGGCUGAGGCUAGUCAACCUCAUCCGGCAUUCUCAUUAGGCUCCGCACAUUAUCUUUCGGACCCCAGUGGAGGCUCAACCGUUGUUUCCAGCAAUGCAGCCUCGAUUCUGGACCCUUCGCCCCCGCCUGUAUCAGUCCAGCCCUCGGUCUCGUCUGUUGACCUCGACGACGGUUUGGAUGCCGAGAUGCCUCGACCGGCGCGGCCUGACGGCUUUUUGAAGAGCCCUCAGCAGGUGACGCCGCCGUCUUCUACGCGCCCACCAAGCCACCAGUCUCCCAAGAAUAGCGCCAUCUCCAAGAGGCAGACCCCAAAGAAGGAGGUUCCUGAUGUCAGGCAGGUUGUCACUUUGCUGAAGGGUUUCUCUGCCGAUAUCGGCAAGGCUCAUUCGCAGCUCGCUCUUUACGCCCUCAAAUCCACAAAGCCCAUUGAAACACGUGUCAAGACCGGCGUCGAUUUCUUUGCCAACGUCAAGCUUGACCCGGUUGAAGAAAGCGAGGGGACAACCAUGUCUAUCAGAACCAAGCAACAUUUCCGUGGGAGGAAGUCUGACCAAGCCAAAACUGCGCACUACGUGCCUACUUGUAUCAAGUCUAACAAGCCUGCCGUGCCCAAGUAUCGCUUUCAUCACACGGAAAUUGUCAAAAACUUCCUUUCUCCCAACUCCUUGCUCAAAUUCGUGCCUGUCAUUCGGGACCUUGCACCCGAGGAAGAGCGGAAGUACAACACCUGGUUAGGGGAGCUAGAGAGGAUGGACGAAAGUUGCGGUUUCAAAACCCUAGGAAGUCGCGACCAACGAGUCACCCGAACCAUCAAGAAGGAAAGGACUGCCACCUUAUCGCUGUUCCUGGACUCGUGGCUCAGAAAGCUUGCCAUUGACAACUGCAACCGAACCACAUUAAUUCGCCAUAUGGCUAACUCGAACCUCGACGACGCUAUCACGCCGCAGCAGAAGUCGAGCCUUGUAAACCUGCACAGCGACGGCAACAUGGCUGCAACACCACGAGCCCUGAAAGCGGCAAGGGUAUUCACUGAUGCUUUUGACCAGGUGUUCUAUCACAGCGGUCCUCAGAAUAUGGGCAUUUUGCUAUCAGAUGUCUUGAAGCUCGACAAGUCCGUUGAUGAAAUCGUCGAAACGAAGAAGACGGCCAAGGUCGGCCAGGACGACGGUGAUAGGGUGGAUUCUCUCGAGCACUGGAUUGAAACGCAUACAGUAAUGGGAUGCCUCAUCUGCUACAGCAACUCGUGCGAGCAUGGAGACUACAGUCUGGAAAAUCACAAGCGCAACUUUUCCAUGGACUGCAUCGGAAUGUAUGGGCGGAUGUUCUCGGCCAACCGAGUCCUGUCCUCUAAUGAUCCGAUUGAGCAUGCACCACCUCCACUGCCGUGCAAGCGAAAGUGCUAUCGGAUUCUCGACAUCGGCAGUUCUGAUGAUGCCCAGUCAAGGCCAUGGACCGAAGACGAAACAUUUCUGCUCCGCAGUCUCUACUCCAUCUUGGACCACAACAAAGUCCGGGUCAAGGCACAAUGUGCCACCGCGGAGAUCUUGGAUAGAGAAUGUUGGGAUGUGCAUCGUCAUUUGCAAUCUCUCGACAUCAAGCUUCCGCCCAUCACCACGAUUGACCAACCAAGAGCCAAAAAUCUUCCUUGGUACGAUCGCAAGAAGAAGAUACUCAUUGGCGACUGGCAGGACCACACCAAUUCCCACGACACCAAGGUGCGCCCAUCUAACGAUCCGUGCCAUCACGAAGGCCCCUGCACGGCCGACAAUGGGUGCCCUUGUGUCCUAAACGACAUACUCUGUGAGCGCUUCUGCCGCUGUACGGAGGAUUGUUGCGCGUACAAGUUCACCGGCUGCGCCUGUCACGCUAGCGGCAAGACAUGCUUGCAGAAGCAAAAGGAAGGCCGGCCUUGCAUUUGCGUACAAUUAAACCGCGAAUGCGACCCUGACCUAUGUGGUACAUGUGGUGCCGUAGAACGAGCAGACCCUGCGAAUCGGCACGAUGAUGCCCUAUUUCAGACAGGCUGUCAGAACACCGCCAUCCAACGGGGCGUAAGCAAAACUGUUAUCCUCGGCAAGAGUCAACUGGAAGGCUGCGGUUAUGGUCUCUUCACAGUGGAAGACAUUGCCCAGGACGAGUUCGUCAUUGAAUACACGGGCGAGCUCAUCGUUGCGGACGAGGGUGUCAGGAGAGAGGCCAGGCGCGGCGAAGCUUUCUCCAUAGAGAAGAGCACAUCAUACGUAUUCAGCCUCCUGGAUUACGAAGGCAUCUGGGUCGACGCUGCUAUUUAUGGCAAUCUCAGUCGCUACAUCAACCACGCUGUAGAGAACGCCAAUGUUCAGCCUGGCAUUCUCUACGUCAAUGGCGAAUUUCGCAUACGAUUUACUGCCACGCGUAAUAUCAAGGCUGGCGAAGAACUCUUCUUCAAUUAUGGCGAGAAUUUCCCUAACCUAACGGAGAAAAUGAUCAAAGAGAAGGCCGGCGACGGAGAAGAUGCCGCGGAAGAGGGUGCGGGACCAGUCAAGCGUGGACGAGGCCACCGCCGCCGGGCAACGACCGGCACCGAGAAGCCAGCCACGCAGAGGCUCACCAAGGCAAAAAUUGCCAAAAGCGUCAACACGGGAGCUCGUAAAGAGGCGCCAACGGUGGUGGUAGAUGACUACGAGGCUUUAGCGGAUUUCGACGCGAUGCCCAGUUCGAAUCGAAAGCGAAAGCGAACCGCAAAAAGCGACGAUGAGGACGAAGAGUUCCACCCUUCUUUGGAAUCUGAAGAGAACGGUGAGACGCGGGGCGUGGAAAAGCGUGGGUCGACGUCUCGUCGACGAGGUGGGAUCCGCCGCGUGAGGUCGAUGGGCUCCAUUAUGCCAUCAGACUCGGAACUAGAGGACUCGAUGAAGACGGCAGCUCAUGAUAAGCGUGCACAAGGACGUUUGUUCGGUUCUCAACUUCCUAGCGGGCCCCAGCCGACCGCGAAGAAUGGCGUGAAGCUUGCGAAGCCAGCAAACGUAAUACCGCCACAGAAGAAACGUCGUGGGCGUCCGCCCAAGAAUCCUCGCCCAGCUAGCCCCGUUGCAACAAAUGAACCACAGGUUGAGCACGUCGGAAAUGAGAUUCGUGCUCAUUCAAACGCCUUUCGACAUUCAGAAGCCGAUGGCAAUACGAUCUCCGUCGACUUAGAUAAUCGUCCCAGAUCUGCCCGUGGGCGGAAGAUAAUUGCAGCCAGCUUCAGCCAGUCGAUGGAAGAUCCAAUGGACAUUGACAAAAACGAGCCCGAGGUGGACGCGACCCCGACACGGUCCAGAGGCCGGAAAAAGGCUGGAGAAGACGUGAUCACAGCUCGAGGACCAUCGCGGACUGGACGUACGACCCGUCGUCUAACUAUUGACACAGACGGUGCAAUGGAAUCGGAUGAGGAGCAUCUGAUACCCACCUCGGCAUCCAGACAAAAGCGUAUGCAGAAACCUUUUUUGAUUUCCCUGGAGAACAACGACAGUGAGUCCAGCUAUAAGAUGCAGGGUACCGGCACGGACUCUGACGAUGAUGACGACGAGGGGCCUAUUUCUUCUCUCAGUCGUUCCUCCAGAAAGAAGAAAUUACCGGCUCGGUUUAGAUCGUCGUCAGACGAGGAGUCCUAA